AAUACCUUUCAAAUUUUUUUCACUAAAUAUUGUGUAUAUUUUUUUUAAUUUCAGUUUUUUUGUGUACUGAAGACGUGUUAUAUUAAGCAAAUUGUUUGAUAACUAAUAAGCGAUGGCUUUCUACGACGACAAGCGAUUCAUAUUGUCUCACAUCCGGCACUCGUUUAUCACGUGCGACGACACGGGUCUGUGCGAAAUGGUUAUGUUGAAUGAGUCCAUUCAGGACAGGUAUGCCGAUGAGGAGGCCGACGACGCACUCGUACUUAAAAGUUUAGAAUUGGAGACAAAGUCGGAGCUGUCGGAAGCGGCCCAGUCUUACGAUAUAAUGUCGGACAUGGAUCUGAUUGGCGUCAGACGGCGUUCCAAUACAGCCCAACGUCUCGAACGGCUCAAGAAGGAAAAGAAGAGUCAGUCGAAGCUGCAGACCUACGCCUGGAAGCCCAACCCCUACCCCCUCUCCGAGUCGGAAAUAAGCGAAUUGUUCCCCAAAAAGCCGUUAACACAGACGGUUAAACCGGUGGUGAAGGCGGCGGAGGGGCUGACGACCGCUACCAAGAAGUCGGCGCUUAGUUUGCUAUUAGAGAAGUGUCCGGACAUUCCCAACAACCCGUUCAACGAAUACGCCCGCUUUGACGGGCGGGUGAGUGAGGCGGCGCCCACCAAACGUAUCACAAUCUACUUGACAAUGCUGUCGAGCCAACAGCGCCAGCAGCCCAUGGAAGUGGUCACGCAAAUCAACGCCCGGGUGGACGACUUGAUUGGUUUGAUUUGCUGGCAGUACACCAAUGAGGGCAAAGAGCCCCGGCUUAAGGCUAGUGUCAGCCAUUACUCGCUGCGAAUAGCCGAAGAGAAUGGUGAAGUGGAUCCCGACUUCCCGAGUCUUAACAGCAAGGAAUUGGUGGCGAAGUUCGGGUUCCCUGUGCUCGCGCUGGUCGAGAAGGACGAGCACGACAGCAAUCUGUUGGUCACGAUUUUUAUAGACGAAGUGUUUUCUAAGAUUCAAGUGAAUAACCUUCAGAUCUCACUGCAAGAGCUCCUGGAGCUGACGAUGAGGAAGCGUCGGCCGUCUCUUAUCAAAGGAGUCAGUUAUAAGCUGGAGAAGCGCACCGAACCGGGCGUUUCCUUAGACCUGAAGCAAACUCUGGCCGAUUGUAAUUCGCUGGAGUUUGUGCUGACCCCAGACCAGCCCCCAGUGGAUUUCGGUGAGAGCCGAGCGGCCAAUCGGUUCGAGUUGGACAUGUCGGCGAUGGAGGCGCCGCUGUACCGCUCCUACAACGUGACGGCGAUCAACAAAUUGGGCCGAACCGCGGACGUGGAGAUGGGUAUCAGCGGCGAUAAGAUCGAGAUCACGCCUAUGCCUAACAAAGGCUUCUUUCAAUGGCAGCCAAAGGCGGCCACCGUUAACGACGAGGAUGUGGUGCUCUGCGAACUAUUGGCCCAUAAAUUGAAUACGGGUAAAUCGACGUUCAAAGUGGUCUAUUGGAACGGCGAUGAGUACAAGCACUGGACGUUUGAGGCCGAGACCAGUGUCACGAAUGAGAUCCUAAAGAAACUGCAAUUUGUGAUGCAAAUGAAGACGAGUCUCAUCAGAAAUGAAUACUUCGCUCUCAAAGAGCAUAAAAGUCUUAAGAAAUAGUCCUUAA